AUGGGGAACGUGGUCAGAUGGCCAGCCAAGUUGAAAUACCUGGGAGCGAAGCAAGACAUCACCAAGUGGUGUGAAUUUCACGGAGAUCACCACCAUAACACCAUCAAUUGCAUUGCACUUCACCUCGAAGUCGCCGAGCUGCUGAAGAGAGGACACUUUCACGAGUUCUUAACGGACAAGGGUAAAAGCACAUUGACCAACAAAGAUCGCCAAGUUACUCUGUCACCAAAAGCCUUCCUGGUAGACGCAAUGUGUGGGGUCAUCUCGGGCGGAUCGGAGGUCAGUGUAGUCAGCUACUCCUCAGCGAACUGCCAUGCCCGAGUGGUAGCCAACCCACGAUUCCAACACCCAAGACUGACACAACAAAGAGCAACAAACCUGACUAUAGAAUUCAUGGACAAUAAGGCGGCAACGCUACUGAAUCCCUAUCAUGAUGCGCUUGUAGUCACCCUCUAG